AUGAAUGCUGAGAAGUGGUGCAAUGGACAUUUAGCUGCUUGCCGCCUCUCACCUCUUUCUCCCCAUGUUAUUCUCAGUGGGAAAGAGGAUCACUAUGCACAAGGUCAAAAGUGCUUCACUAUCUCAGGUCUCAAGAGGGGGAAAAAAGGAGAGAACAGUCCUUAUCUCGACCUAGUAAUCAAAGAACCUCAGAUGGGCCGACAUCUGCUGGGAACAUUACCAGGGGAAAAGAAUGCUUCUUCUCAUGCUGUCAGUUUCCUCAUAAAGGGAACACCAGGAAGCUCAGAAAGUUUAGGUUACUUGAGAAUAGGGGAUAGUUCACUCUCAGUGGCAUUAACUGAUGCUCAUAAAAGAGUCUGUUUACGAAAGCAGGCUGCUAAAAAGAAUAAUGGGAUCUUUAGAAAUACCACCUGUAACCCACAGAGAGUACAAGAAUUAAAGUACAUUGAGAGGAUAAUUCAAGUUGAAUUAUAUUUCAAAGUUCUUAAAAUUGUUGAUGAGAAAUUCCCUACUGAAAACUAUUCUGAUUGGGUAUUGUCAGUCUGUGUCUUAACAAUAAUCCUUGGCUGUAUAUUUGGGUUGAAACCAAGCUGUGCCAAAGAAGUUAAAAGCUGCAAAGGUCGCUGUUUUGAAAGAACCUUUGGGAACUGUCGCUGUGAUGUUGCUUGCGUUGAACUUGGAAACUGCUGCCUCGAUUACCAGGAGACGUGUAUAGAACCAGAGCACAUAUGGACUUGCAGCAAGUUCAGGUGUGGUGAGAAACGGCUGUCCCGGAGCCGCUGCUCCUGCUCAGAUGACUGCAGGGACCACGGUGACUGCUGCGUCAACUACCGCCCUGUGUGUCGAGGUGAGAAAAGUUGGGUAGAAGAAACGUGUGAGAGCAUUAAUGAGCCACAGUGUCCAGCAGGGUUUGAAACACCUCCUACCCUCUUAUUUUCUUUGGAUGGUUUCAGAGCAGAAUAUUUACACACCUGGGGUGGACUUCUUCCUGUUAUUAGCAGACUAAAAAAUUGUGGAACAUAUGCUAGAAACUUGAGACCAGUAUAUCCAUCAAAAACUUUCCCUAAUCACUACAGCAUUGUCACGGGUCUUUAUCCCGAAUCCCAUGGCAUAAUUGAUAAUAAAAUGUACGACCCCAAAAUGAAUGCUUCCUUUGCACUUAAAAGUAAAGAGAAAUUUAAUCCUGAGUGGUACAAAGGAGAACCGAUUUGGCUCACAGCAAAAUAUCAAGGCCUGAGGACUGCCACAUAUUUUUGGCCAGGCUCAGAUGUGGAAAUUAAUGGAAUUUUCCCAGACAUCUAUAAAAUAUAUAAUGGUUCAGUACCAUUUGAAGAAAGAAUUUUAAGUGUUCUUAAAUGGCUACAGCUUCCUAAAGAUAAAAGACCACACUUUUACACUCUGUAUUUAGAAGAACCAGAUUCUUCAGGUCAUGCCUAUGGACCAGUCAGCAGUGAAGUCAUCAAAGCAUUGCAGAGGGUUGAUAAUAUGGUCGGCAUGCUGAUGGAUGGUCUAAAAGAGCUGAAUUUGCAUCGGUGCCUGAACCUCAUCCUCAUUUCAGAUCAUGGCAUGGAACAAGGCAGUUGUAAGAAAUAUGUAUAUCUGAAUAAAUAUCUGGGGGAUGUUAAAAAUAUUAAAGUUGUAUAUGGACCUGCAGCUCGACUGAGACCCUCUGAUGUCCCAGAUAAAUACUAUUCAUUUAAUUAUGAAGGCAUUGUCAGAAAUCUUUCUUGCCGGGAGCCAAACCAGCACUUCAAACCUUACCUAAAACAGUUCUUACCCAAGCGGUUGCAUUUUGCCAAAAGUGACAGGAUUGAGCCCUUGACGUUCUAUUUGGACCCUCAGUGGCAACUUGCUUUGAAUCCUUCAGAAAGGAAAUAUUGUGGAGGUGGAUUUCAUGGCUCUGACAACCUAUUUUCAAAUAUGCAAGCCCUCUUUAUUGGCUAUGGACCUGGACUCAAGCACGGUCUUGAAGUUGAAUCCUUUGAAAAUAUUGAAGUCUAUAACUUAAUGUGUGACUUACUGAAUUUGACACCUGCUCCUAAUAAUGGAACUCAUGGAAGUCUUAACCACCUUCUAAAGAAUCCUGUUUACACCCCAAAGCAUCCCAAAGAAGUCGGCCCCCCAGCGCAGUGCCCCUUCACAAGGACCCCCAGCGACAACCUUGGCUGCUCGUGUGACCCCUCAAUAUUUCCAGUCAUGGAUUUUCAGACACAGUUGAAUCUGACCAUGGCAGAAGAGAAGGUUAUUAAGCGUGGCACUUUACCCUACGGAAGACCCAGAGCUCUCCAGAAGAGCGGCACUGUCUGUCUGCUCUACCAGCACCAGUUCGUCAGUGGUUACAGCCAAGACAUCCAGAUGCCCCUCUGGUCAUCCUACACCGUGAACAGAAAUGACAGUUUCUCUACAGAAGACUUUUCCAAUUGCCUUUAUGAGGAUCUUCGAAUUUCCCUUAGUCCUGUCCAUAAAUGUUCAUUUUAUAAAAAUAAUGCUAAAAUGAGUUAUGGGUUCCUCUCUCCGCCACAACUAAACAAAGGUUCAAAUAAAAUAUAUUCUGAAGCAUUGCUUACCACUAACAUAGUACCAAUGUACCCAAGUUUUCAAGCGAUAUGGCGCUACUUUCACGGCACCCUACUGCCAAGGUAUGCUGAAGAAAGAAACGGUGUCAAUGUUGUCAGUGGCCCUGUGUUUGACUCUGACUAUGAUGGACAUUAUGAUGCCUCAGAGACUCUGAAACAAAACAGUAGACUCAUCCGUAAUCAAGAAGUCCUGAUUCCAACUCACUUCUUCAUUGUGCUAACAAGUUGUAAAAAUACAUCCCAGACUCCCUCACAGUGUGAAAAUUUAGAUACAUUAGCUUUCAUUUUGCCUCACAGGACUGAUAACAGUGAGAGCUGUGUGCACGGGAAGCAUGAAUCCUCAUGGGUGGAAGAGUUGUUGAAAUUACACAGAGCUCGGAUCACAGAUGUUGAACACAUCACUGGACUCAGCUUCUAUCAAGAAAGAAAAGAGCCAAUUUCAGACCUUUUAAAGUUGAAAACACAUUUGCUAACUUUUAACCAAGAAGACUGAUACAUAUUUUUUUAUUCCAAAGACAGACCAUAAAUUUUUUUGAAAGAACCUUCUGCUUGACACAGUCCUCUGUUCACAGGAUUGCAUUGUUUGGAAACUGAUGACCACAGUUAGAACUGGGACUCCUUUGUUAUACGACCAUCUCAGGGAAACGCGUGGCCUCGGCAUAGCAGUAGGAAAGUGUUCCUAUUGAGUCUCGCACAUGUUUGAAUGUGUAACAGUUCAAAUUUGGGAAUAAAGACAGACCAAACCUAAAACUGCUCUUCUACUUCUCUUAAAGGCAGAAGUAGCCUGUGAACAUUGUCUGGAUACCAGAUAUUCGACUCUUAUUAUCAUGAAUAAACUUUUAUGGAGCUGGCAACAGCAGGAGUAUGAAUAGGAUUGGACUAAUCCAUGUUACAUUCGUAUCUUCACAAGAAUUUAAAAACGAUUCUUGAUGUUUUUUAAAAAGUUAUUUGGAAAUUUCAUUUAUUUUAGUUUUAAUAAAAAAAUUAAUGGAAACAGAAUUUUUCUGAGGUUCUCAAAAGGCAAAAUAUGUAAUCCUCUGUUGUUGGUUGUUUUUUUUUUUUUUUUUUUUAAUUAUGAUUGGGCUCCUCCAGGUUAAAAGGCUUUAACAAGUUAAACUUUGAGGAAGAUCUGUGAAUUGAGUAUGUCAAUCUCUAUAAAUUUUUCUCUAUAUUUGUACCAAAAAAGAAAAAUAUUCCCAUCCUGCUCACUGGUUAUUAACAUAGGUUGAAAACAGCUCUAAAAGUGAUGUGUUUAGACUGUUAAAAAUGUCUUCUCUUGGUGAAACUUCAGAGAACCUGUCAGCACAGGCAUUUGUCAUCGAGAUGGUAGGAAUGUUUUCCUAUGUACUUAAAAAUGACUCCACCAACAGCAGAGCUAUACUGCACUGAGCUGUUUAUUUGAAGUUCCAUAGAUUUGAAGAGGACACGGUACCAUCACUUCCUCUCUCCGUGGUGGUCACAGUAAAUGAACUUGAUU